UUGUCAUUUGUCAAAAUAAAAUCAGCUUGCAAAGGAAAAUUUAAAAACAUUAAAUAAUUUGUAUUAAAAAUUUUACUUAAAUGCUUGUUUGAUAAACAAAACAUGGAAAUGGAUAAACCGGCGUGUAUUACCACAAGUGUCGAGUCACAAAGAAAUCGCAAACGAUUUAGUAUAAGAAGUCUCAGACUAUCUUUAAAAUUUAGACCUGAAAUCUUGAAAUUGGUACUUAAAAUGAGGCAUACUAUAAGAAUUAAGAAUGCUUUACUCAGCAAGUUGAAGCGGCAGUUGAAAAAUAAUAAAGUGAGUAUCUAUAAAUCAAGUGCAGAAGAUGUAAAUCCUCCACAAAGAAAUCCCAGAACUGACUUACAGAAAGAAGAUACAGUUUCUAAAAUCUGUGAUAAAAACAAUUCAUAUACUCAAACUUCACUUGAAGAUUUCAAAAACUUCAAUUUUUCAAACAGAAAAGAAAAACAAAUUAAAGACUCAUACACUCAAAUAUCACUUGAAGAGUUCAGAGACACAAAUGGAACAGAAAAAGUUACUAAAGACUCAUUUACUCAAAUGAUACUUGAAGAAUUCAAAGAUUUCAAUCUCACAAAUGAAAAAGAAAAAGGCACUAAAGACUCAUACACUCAAAUGACACUUGAAUUCAAAGAUUUCAAUCUCACUAAUGAAAAAGAAAAAGAAACUAAAGAUUCAUACACUGAAACAACACAUGAAGAAUUCAAAGACUUCACAAAUGAAAUAGAAAAUCAUACAAAGGACACUCAAACUGAUAAUCUCACUAAUGAAAAAGAAAAAGACACUAAAGACUCAUACACUGAAACAACACAUGGAGAACUGAAAAACUUCAUAAAUGAAAAAGAAAAUGAUACAAAGGAAACUCAAACUGAUAAUUUGCACACUACAGAAGAUAAAACAAAUAACAAUAGCGACAAGGUCUCAACAGCAUGGGGUGUCCAAAGUGAUGGUGAUAAUAUAAAGAGUAUUGCUGACCAAGUGAAGGAGGUGGCUCAAAGUGCUUUGCAACAGAGUGGUAUGGUGUAUGUGGAGACUGCAGGGAUGUACUAUGAUUAUAAGACUGGCUAUUACUACAAUUCUGAACUUGGGCUUUACUACCAUACAGAUACAGGCUGCUACUAUUACUAUUCAGAUGAGAAGCAAUCUUUUGUAUUUCACUCCUACCCAGAAAAUCGUACCAAUAUUAAAUCAUCAAUAUCAAAGGAAAUUAAAAAAGCUACAAAACAGAAAAAGGUUCCACCAACAGAUGACAUUGAAAACCUGACGAAACAAUUAAACCAGGAAAAUGACGAUGGAGAAACCAAGCCAAAACGAAGGAAAAAAGGAGAAGAGAAGGAUAAGAUUAAAACUACAAAGAAGAUACAGGAAGAGACAAGCAAAGAAGGUCAAGAAGAACCAAGUAAAGAAGAAGGUCUGGAAGAGAAAAUGGAGUGUAGUAGUAAUGAAAAAACAAUAGAUGAAGAUAAAGAAGGAAAUGAAGUAGAGAAUGAUAUCAAUAAAGAGUUAGAAGAUGGUGAAUGCAGUGACACAGCAAGCGAGACAUCUGAUGGUGCAAUAUCAGAUGCAAGCACUUCAACUGCAAGUGACGACGAAACGGUAGCGAAGCAUUACCCGCCGUGCAUGCGAAUUAUAGUCCGAGAGACCACUUUGCCAAAGCUGAAGGUCGGGAGCCUGUACCUCAUAACUAAGGACGGGGGAACUAUUGGCAGAGAAGGGGACCACCAUGAUAUACUGUUGAAAGACAACAAUGUUUCUAGAAAUCACUUGGAACUGAAAUAUGACAUAGACAAGAGAUUAUAUUUCGCUGUCGACUUGGGAUCUAAGAAUGGUACCCUUCUCAACGGCACCCGCAUGUCAGAGAGUCAACAAACCAGCGUUCCUAUGGAGGUCGUUCACGGAAGCACUAUUAAAUUGGGUGAAACGAAGUUACUCUGUCACGUUCACGCGGGGCACGACACGUGCGGCCAUUGUGAACCGGGACUUAUCAUGGAGAUGGAAGAGAAAGAGAAGAAAGUGGCGUACACGCGAACAUGCAGCGUACAAAAACAACAUAAGCUCGAGUUAGCUCGCCUGAAGAACAAAUACGCUCCCAAGCGUUUGGCGAUAGAGGAAACCGCUUACAACGACAGGGCACAAGCGAGAAGAGAGAAGGUCGGAUCUACACACCAUGCAGAGAAAACGCAGACCAGUGAUAUUAAUACGUUUAUAGCACCAGAUAAUAAAGGUUUCAAAUUGCUGGAGAAAAUGGGCUGGUCGAAGGGCGAAGGGCUCGGCAAGGACAACCAGGGAAACCAGGAGCCGAUCCCGUUAGUCAGCAAUGAAGGUAAGACAGGACUUGGAGGUACGAGUGUUCCGCAGGUAGUGGUCUUCAAGACCCUCGGACAAGCGACCCUGAGACUGGCGGCGGCGACCAAAAUGCAACCUCCGGCCAAAGCUUUUCUGGAAGUUGACGAAGACUCAGAAUAACCUGAAACCAUUCUGCUUUUCUGUUCACUAAUUGGGGACUAGUUAAUUAAUUGUAUUAUAUUACUUUUUUGAAGGCCGCGUGGCGCAGUGGGUAGUGACCCUGCUUUCUGCAUCCACGGCCGUGGGUUCGAUUCCCACAACUGGAAAAUAUUUGUGUGAUGAGAAUGGGUGUUUUCCAGUGUCAGUGUGUAUUUAUACAUUAUAUAAGUAUUUAUAUGUAGUAUAUAAUUGUAUAUUAAUAUUAUAAUAUUAACUAUCUUAGCACCCAUAGCACAAGCUACUCUGUAUGCUUACUUUGGGGCUAGAUAGUGAUGUGUAUUGUUUAAGUAUAUAUUUAUAACUUGAUGUUAAAUGUUAAAUAUAGGUUUAAUGUACACUUAAAUAGAUACUUAAAUGUUAUGAAAUAAGAAUAUUUAUAUAAGAAA